AUCAAUUGGAGAAAUUUCUUGAAACCCCACAUCCAUCCGCCUCAGCCAUCAGCCAUCGCCACCGACCGCCGGAGAAUAGUCACUAAUUUUGCACUUAAAUUUUGGCGGCAAAUGACGGCAAUUUGUGUCUCAUAUCCAAUUUCUGUAUAUAAUACAGAUAACUGCAUCUAAUCCUUUACGGCUUAUGUAUUAUUGUGGAGCCAACUAACUUUCUUAAGUAAAAUUAAAAUCCUAUAUUGGAGGAUUUCAUAUUAAUAGGUACUGCUAGUUUGGACAAUAUUAGUUUUUGUUAUUUUGUGGAUUAAAUUAAGGAUUCUGCGUGUUCCAAUGGAUGAAAUUAAGGAUUCAGCGUAUUUCCAAGAUUCACCAUGUACAGAAAUCAAGUCCUUCUUUGACACAGCUCCUCCUCUAAAGGAUGUUAUUGAAAUCAACAGAAAACUAGAGGAGUUUAAAAAAAGGAAUCAUUCAUCAUCAGAGCACAAAAGAAGUAGGAGGGUGGUUUGUAUUACAUCUGGUGGGACAACUGUUCCUUUGGAGCAGCGAUGUGUUCGUUACAUUGACAACUUCAGCUCAGGUCACAGAGGAGCUGCAUCUACAGAAUACUUUUUGAAGGCUGGAUAUUCUGUAAUAUUUCUCUAUAGGAGGGGAACCUGCCAGCCAUAUUGUAGGUCUCUUCCGGAUGAUCUGUUGCUUGAAUGUUUUGACAUUACUGAUGAAUUAAAUAUUGGAGUGAAUCCUGGGGAUGUUGAAGCAGUGAAGAGAGCCGUCAGUGAACAUCAUUCUGCAGUUAUCAAAGGCAAUUUGUUGAAACUUCCCUUUACAACAAUUUUUGAGUAUCUCCAGAUUCUACAGUUGAUUGCAUUAUCAAUGAGGAGCCUUGGAUCAAGUGCUAUGUUCUAUCUUUCAGCUGCAGUUUCUGACUUUUACGUUCCAUGGGAGGCCAUGAUGGUGCAUAAAAUUCAGUCCCAUACUGGUCCUCUGGACAUGCGGCUUGCUCAAGUCCCUAAGAUGCUCUUAGCGCUGAGGAAAGAUUGGGCACCUCUGGCCUUCUGCAUAUCAUUCAAGCUGGAGACAGAUACAGAGAUUCUUCUGGAGAAGGCUGAUAUGGCCCUUACAAAGUAUAACAUGCAUAUGGUCGUGGCCAAUGAGCUUUUAACCCGUAAAGAGGAAGUUAUAGUCGUCUCUAAGAGUGGAAAUAUCACAGUUUGCCGAGACAAGAACCAAGAUGAUUCCCAAAAGGAUGUAGAGAGCCCGCUGAUCGAACUCAUUGUGGAUCGACAUUCUGAAUAUAUCAAAGAUUUGGGCUCUUGAUUUCAGCCAAACAUUUGAUGGGCAGCAAAAAUUGCGGCCUCCUGUCCGGAUGCUGACAUUUCGAUUCAAGCAAUAUGUUUGUUUCACAUAGUAACAAGCCUUGGUUAAAUUAGUUAAUUUAAAUAUAGAAACACUUGGAUGAAAUAUGUAGCAUCGACUUUUGUUCUAGAAGAAGUCGUGCUUUUUGUUAAUAUUUCAGUUGGUUAUGUUCUGUAACUAAUGCAAUUGGUAAAGGAAGUUUUUAUCACUAAUCUUAGACGAUAUAAUACUGUCUUUGAUGAA